AAUAAGUCUACUUUUGAUCGUAUAUUAAAAAUAAUUUUAUAGGCUGGUUUCGAUAAAAAUGGCGCAAUGACAACCUAUUAAUCAAAUUUGAAGUUAUAACGAACUUUGUCUUGGUCUUGAAGAGUUUCGCCAACAGGCCAGGCAGAAAUACUUUAAAAUGCGAUUUUUAAAAGCGCUAUUACCAAUCCGUCGUCCCGGUGUACGGGUGUAUGGCCAAUUACAUGAUACACUCGACCAGCUAACUGGCAUAGAGAAGAAAGAAAUACUGGCACAUCUUGCCGGAGACUGUGACCCUUUUCGCAUGAUGUCUAUAAAAAAAGGACCCGGCACCUGGGAAUGUCCAAAUUUAAUUCCAAGUGCUCAUUCGCAGCGUUUAUUGGCCUGUCUGUGUCACCCGGAAGACAUGCAUCUUGAGUACAUGUGGCUCCACCAGGGUUGCCCAAAGAGAUGUGGUUGUGGUUACUGGUUUCAACUGUGUCCUGUAGCCAGUUUCGUCUAACUUAGUUAUUAAAGUCUAUGUAGUUAGUAACCUUUUUCCUUGAAUAAAAUACUAUACUUGCAA